AUGAAGCAAUCGGUGAAACCGAUUUCCAGUCCCAGUCGGAUCGACCUGUUUCCGCCGCCAUUGAUGAGCUUUCUGAGGGCCGAUGCCGGAAAUCGGAGUAAAAGCGGCCGGUCUCGCUCCAGUCCGAUCUUCAUCAGGAAGAAGAACGUCACCAUUGAAACUCAAGAGCCGUCCUCUCCGAAGGUUACUUGUAUGGGCCAAGUCCGUACCAAUAAACGUUCCUCUAGACCUCCCGCCAAGCGAUGCCGAUGGAUUAGAAGCGUUCUCUCUUUCAAUCGACGCCAUUGUCGAACCUUCUGGAACAGGUCAACGAUGUUCUUCCAAGGAAAGCCUGAAAUUAGACGAAAAUCAUCGAUCACUGAAUCUCGCGUCCGAGACGAAGCGGAAGAUUCGGAGCAAAAUGAAGAGAGUGAGGGAGCAGCCAGAGAUGCGGUUUUUGCGUCAUCGGCUCCAUCGCCGCCGAAAAACGCUCUCAUCCUGACGCGGUGUAGAUCUGCACCUCAUCGGUCGUCAUUUUACGGCAAUCUGAUUAGGAGCGACAGAACUGAAGAAGAAGGAAAAGGAGGGAAUGGAAACAGAGCGGCAUCCAAAAUUGAGUCCCGAAAUUCGGAGCGAAUGUUCAAAAAACUCGAAAAUUCAAACGGAGAAGAAGAUCGAAGCUCUGUAAAUAACAAAGAGAGCAAAAUCGAGGAAAACUCAAUGUCGAAUCGGAGCCUGAUUCUAACGAGAUGCAAAUCGGAACCUGGCAGAAUUAGGGAGAAACUUUACGGAUAA